AUGUGCCUCUCAUUUGAAUUGGCGGCUUUCAUCACCACUUGUCAUCACAAGUGCAACUUGAGUUUCUUGAGUUCCCCUCCUCCUAUUCUACAGGAAUUGACGGAUUCAAAAGAAGAUAAAUUCAUCAGGAGCAAAUUAAGGCGAAUAAAAGAUGUUUGGCAGAUUGACCACGUCUCAGUGUUUUCAUCAUAUCUGUCGUUUUCCAGUUCAAAAUCGACGUGGAAGUUGGGGUUAGUUUGCUGGAAGAGUUCCAAUUCAAAAAAUAAGGUGCAAUGUGGAGGACUAAAGCUGUACAAUGAUGGACACCCAACAUUGUUUACCAUUAAGUUGUACCAUGGAGGUGAGUUCACCAAGUACCCUGAUGUUCGUUACAUUGAUGGAACUGUAAACUAUGUUGACAUGGUAGACAUAGAUGAGUUUUCAGUUCAUGAGCUCGAUGCAAUCAUGAAGGGUUUUAGAUAUGGGGUUCCUCCUGUUAUAUACUACCAUUUUCUUGUGCCUGGUGGAGACUUCCACUUUGGUCUUCGCCCUUUAGGAAAUGAUCAAGAUGUUGCAAACUUUUCUCAAUAUGUCAGUGAGCACAAAGUGAUGAAGGUAUACACAGAGCAUGGUGAAACAAGACUACUCACCUAUUUCUUGAAUCCUAAGCCUGUUACCAAGGUUACCCUUGUACAGUUAGAUGAACCACAUGAGGAUGUGCAACACAUUGAUGAAGCUCCUGAUGACCAAUCAAAGGAAACACCUGUGAUGACUACACCUACUGAUAAUUUAGUUGAUGUGGUGCCCACUCAAGCAAACCAACCUGAAAUCCAAGUUAAUGAAAUAGUUCAAGUCGUAUCCUUAUCACCUGGAUAUAAUAGGAGAAGGGGUAUGAGCAAAGACUUUGUUGAGGCAGCUACUGAUUUUGAUAUUGGACUCUACCAACAAAUACUACAAAGCAAUGUUGAUGGAGUCAAUGGCACUGACAUGCAUGAUGUCAAUGAACCUCAGAUGGAUGAAGAAAUCCAACCUCAAAUGGAUGAAGAAAACCAAGCUCAGAUGGAUGAAGAAAACCAACCUCAAAUGAAUGACUUUUGGGAUUUUGACUAUCAAACUGAUGCUUUUGUCCAAGAUGGAAGUGAAAACCAACCUCAGUCUAACAUGGAUAGUAGUGGAAAAGAAAAUGUAAGUGAGGUUGAAAGUAACGAAAGAAGUGAAACAGAGCAGGAAGAUGAUAGUGAUGAUAGUGAUUAUUGGGUGGAUGAAGAUAAUGUAAUUGAAGAUAUUGAAGUUGAUAUGAGGGAUUUUAACAUGAGCAUUGAUACAAAAGUAGAGUUCUUAGAUAAAAGGGCUAGGAAUCCUAGACAACAUGAGAGUGAUGAAGAAGCAGAUGAGUUAGAUGUCAUUGACAAUGAUGCUUUUGAUUCCAUGGAUGAGGAUUCUGACCAGGACAGGAAGAGAAGAGCAGUUUUGAAACAACUAAGUAAGGAAAAAAGUUGUUCUUUAGGUGAGGUUCAUAAGUGUCAUUUUAAAAUAGAUCAAAAGUAUAACAGUAAGCAGGAGUUGAAAGAGAAAAUCAAAAUGCAUGCAUUGGAAACAAAAAAGAAUAUUGCAUUUAAAAAAAAUGACAAAUCCAGAUUGAGGGCCAUAUGUAAUGGAGUUGUGGCAUUUACUAAUGAUGGAGUUGGUGGACCUACCCAAGCUGAAAAAAGUAAAGGGAAAAUUAAAGGGAAAAGUAAAGGGAAAAGUAAAGAAAAGGAGAAACAAGGUGGUACAAGUCAGGAAAAAGCAGAUUCUUCUUGUCCUUGGAUUUUACAUGCCUCGCGGUCUACAGAUGCAAGCAGCUGGUACAUUAAAACAUAUGAAGACAAACAAACUUGUGUGAAUACAAGGAAGGUGAGAGCUGCAACAGCGAAGUUUAUGUCCAAACAAAUCAUGGAUCAAGUAGAAUCCAACCCUACUAUCCCAGUUAAAGCUCUCCAAGAACAAUUACAGAAGAAGUAUGGAGUGGGCUUCUCAAUCCAUAAAGUUUUUAGAGCUAAAGCAGAUGCAAAAAAGAUUGUAGUGGGUGAUUACAAAAAACAGUAUGAAGUUCUGAGAGACUAUAUCCUUGAGUUGCAGUCAACCAAUCCUGAUACCACAGUCAAAUUAGAACUUGGAGAUGUUUCAGAAUCUAAUUUGGUGAAUUGCACUUCAAGAUGUUUCAAAAGAAUUUAUGUUUGUCUAGGGGGUGAAGAAGGGAUUCAAAUUGGAUUAGAUUCCAACAAUGGCAUAUACCCACUUGCAUAUGCCAUCGUAGAGAUUGAAAACUGCGAAUCUUGGAAGUGGUUCCUUGAAUGUCUUGGUGAUGACUUGGAUCUACAUGCUAUGUCUAAUUUCACUUUUGUUAGUGACAGACAAAAGGGUUUGCUACAAGCAGUUAGUCAACUGUUCCCAUGUGCUGAGCAUAGGUUCUGUCUCAGACAUAUACAUGAGAACAUGAAGAAACAAUGGAGAACUAAGGAAUAUAAAGAUCACCUUUGGGAUUGUGCCACAGCUACAACAGUGCCAGAGUUUAACCAUUUCAUGCACCAAUUCAGUUUAUAUGACAAAUCAGCAUAUGAAUGGUUGAAGUCAAUACCACCACAACAUUGGGCAAGAAGCCAUUUCACAGGGAGAGCAACCACAGACAUGCUGUUAAACAACCUUUGUGAGGUGUUUAAUGGCAAGCUAGUUGAUGGGAGAGACAAACCAAUUAUUAGCUGCUUGGAGUUUAUUAGGGAAUAUAUGAUGAAGAGGAUAUGCAAUGUCCUCAAGGUGCAACAAAAGUGUUUAGGCCCACUCACCCCAACAGCAACAAAGAUCAUGGAGAAGAAUGAAGCAGCUGCUACUCAGUACAUUGCAGAAUGGUGUGGUGAUGAAAAAUACCAAGUCAAAGGCCCAUGGAAUGAUCAACAUGUUGUUGAUAUGCAUGAAAGGGUAUGCAGCUGCAGGAAAUGGGAAUUAACAGGUAUCCCUUGCAGACAUGUGAUUUCUGUGUUGUAUAACAAAGCAGAUCAUGGUGAGUGUGUACAAGAGCUCCACACUUAUGUCCAUAAGGUGCACUGGCUACAAACUUGGAAAACUGCAUAUGGUACAAGGUGGAACCAAUUAAAGGUUGGGCACUGUGGCCUAGAAGUGAGUGUCCAAUGCAGAUCACACCUCCCCCACACCGUAAUCAACCUGGGAGACCCAAGAGAAGAGAAGGCAAUCCAUGGAGGAGAAAAGUCAAAGCAAGAGUCAAAGUCAGAGUCAAAGGUCAGAUGUUGGUCCCAGUGA